GUGAAGACUGAUGAUCAAACCAAGCCGCUGAGGAGACUUUCGUUGCCUGGGGAAGAGUGUGUUUUUGCAUGUUGGUAAGGAGAAAGUCAGCUUGGUCAGUAGAGAUGUUGGCAGUGCUGGUGGUAUUGGUGGCGUUGGUCCCCACUUGGAGUGACGGACUCUUGGUGACAAAGUGCGAUCUGAAGUCUCAGCUUGAGGCAGCCUUGUCUAAUCUGCAAGUAGAGAAUGCUGCAGACAUUAUUGCUAAAUUGGCCUGCACAGUAGAAAACAUUUCUGGGUUCAACACCAGUCUUGUAAACAACAUUGACCAAUUCGACCCCGGAACACUUUUUGUUUAUGAUGACGAUUAUCCCUCUGAAAUGGGAGAAUCAAAUACUGCGAGCAAAGACUAUGUAUUUCAUGAAAGCAUGCAGGGGACUGAAGAGCCUUUCAUUCCAUUAGAUGUAGUGAGUGAAGACAAGUUCAUUCCUGGACAAAACAAGGUCCAACCUGAAGAAUGGUUUGUCCCUGUUGAUGCGCAAGCCAGGAAGCGGAGGGAAGCGCCAUCUAACGAUGAAAGGGAUGGCUCUGGAGAAGGAUCAUGGGUUAUACCUGUUGAGGAACAAGCCAGGAAGCGGAGGGAAGCGCCAUCUAACGAUGAAAGGGAUGGCUCUGGAGAAGGAUCAUGGGUUAUCCCUGUUGAUGCGCAAGCCAGGAAGCGGAGGGAAGCUCCAUCAGAACAGACUCUCCUUUAUGGAAUCUUCCAGCUGAGUGAUGUAACAUGCAAUUCAGGAUCAAGCUACAGUCUGGAUCUUUGUCAACUGAACUGUAGUGCUCUGACUGAUGAUGACAUCACUGAUGACAUUGCUUGCUUGAUGGGUUUGGGUGAGAAAAUGGUGCGGAUGAUGUUCCUACAGGAGUGUCUGUCAGUGGAGCCCUCAGACUACUUUGCAGAGUGUGGCUGAAAUGGCCAGAUCAUAUUGUACGGGACUCAAAUGUUAUCCUGACUUUAUUUUUAUGUACUCGCACAAUCACACUUACGGUAUGUUCAGUAACCGCUUAUCAUGUUUUUUGUCAUGUACUCCAAUCAUAGCUAACGCUACUUCAAAAGAUUUCUGUCCUGUUUAUUAAUCAGUUCCUUCUCACUGGGAGUCGUGUACAGCUUUAUUAUUUUUCAGGACAGCAAGGGUUCUAGUUUCUUUUUAUAUUAAGAAUGGUUGUGUUGAGUAAUGGGUUGUGGUGAGGUAUUCAAGAAUGUAUAUUACAAUUUCCUGAAUUUUUAAUAUGCAUUUAAUAAAGAAUGUUGUGCCUAUCGUAAUGUCACAUGCUCUCCAGAAGUAACCAAUAUAUCUCUGUCAUUCAUUCAAAACAACAACAACAACAACAACAACAACAACAACGAAUCUUUGUCUUAUAAAUCAUUCCCUUUCAAUGUUACUAAUUCCGUUUAAGGUCUAUAUUCAGGUCGCAGACAAAUUCCGAAUACAACAUUUAUACAAUCAGAAUUUGGGGAAUCAGAAUAUUGUCUUAAUCUGAAAAAAGCAAUGGGACUGCGGCCUUUAAAUAACUCGGUACUAAUUCGAAUAUUGCCAAAUUCUGAUUGAUAUCGCAAUAGUUAUGUGCAUGUAAACACAGCCACGGAAUAAAGUAUGGCAGUGACUUGCACUCUGAAUCUCCUUACUUCCUUGAAGAUUUCAUUAAUAAUAUAAGCCAAGAUAGGUUUAUCACACAUUUAGUAGAAAUGUAUAAAAAUCAACAGUGCUUGUAAUUAAUUAAAUGAAUCACUGUCAAAGUGUUAACUCUUUUAUGUUUUCCUAAAUCAUACGAGAUUAUAAAUGAUGAAUAGGGAAAAUUUGUAUUCACUUUCUCUAUAACAUGUGACUAUAUUAUAUCCAUUCAUAAGUGUGGGAUUAUUGCAUUUCAUUUUAGAUAUAAGUUAUGCUAUAAAGUAGCUCCGUGGAGGGAACAGAUAAAGGCCAAAAGAUAUUAAAUCAAAUGUGCCUUCAAGCUCUUGCUUGUUGUCUUUAAAAACACACUUUAGUAAAGAAAAAAAAAAACCCCAACAACAACAAACAACAACAAAACAGGGAAUUAAAUAAAGAAUGCUACUAAAGGACCAUUAGGUUGAAUGUCUUGCCAGAUUUUAUUCAAACAAAACAUUUUUUCAUGCUUUUAGAUUAGAUAAGAAAUUUAAAACGAAUAGGCAAAGAGGGAAAAAGAUUAAAUGAACAGCAUAUUUGUUUGAAAUUGAACUCUUAUCCGGUUUUAUCAGAGCUUUUCUCUCUGUUUUUUCUCAGCUGGCAAAAAUAAAUCUAUGUGUGUGUGUGUGUGUGUGUGUGUGUUCUUGUGUGGCCAAAUAGACUAUCUAAUCCCAUUUAAUCUGGAUCCCAGAUAACGCACACACAGGGAAAUGACGUCUCACCCACGACACGUGCAACUGGUUUGUUUUAGGUUAAAAGCAGAGUUAAUGUCUGUUCUUUAUUAUUCGCUUUUUUAUACUUUCAGACCAGGUGAAAUAUUCAUCCAGCUGCUGAUUGUAGUCAGUUGUGUGUUAAAUAAAUGAUGAGUUAAAUGUAACUCAUCACCCGCAGGUGUCUUUCAA